GCCGAAGCCAAGCCCAAUGUUCGUCUCGAACCCGAGCUUAACCAACCUUGACGACAACAGCGAAGUUUGACAGCACGGGGAAGAUAAGUUAAUUCAAUUUGGAAGAUUUGCGAGGGAGUUUGAACAGUCGCCCGCUUCCGCGAACUUUUCUGCUGCUCUCGAACAAGGGGGAGCUCUCGACCCGCGCCCAAUCUCUACGGUGUAUAUUAACAAGUCAACGCGGUCGCAACAACUGACCGCGGCGUCGUAGCACGCGAGUAGUGAAAAAGUGCAGGCAGGAAAAGAGUAUAACCUCCCGGCGUUUUUCUUUCAAGAGAAGAGGAGGAGACAGUCUUUCGAAACAUGGACCCCCCAAGCAAACCCCCGGCGCGCUCCCCGUCCCCGACGGCGGACCCGGCAAACCUGGCCGCCGCGACGCGCACGCACACGCAGCCGCCCUUUCGCAUCUCGACCCGCAAGCUCCCCAUCCUCAAGGCCGGUCCGAUCGACGCCAUGUCGGCGCGCCUGGGGAUCCCGAUCCCGGAGAUGAUCUUUGGCGACAACCUGGUCUCGAUCGCGCACCCGGCGUCCGGGUGGCGCAUCUCGUUCAGCGCGGAGCCGGCGCUCGACACGGUCGACAAGACGGGCGAGGGCGGCAUGCUGCGCGUCGCCUACGCGCGCGAGUGGAGCCGCAGCCGCGAGCAGACGAGCGCCGGCAUCUCCGAGGUGGUGCGCCCCUUCGACUGGAGCUACAGCGCCUCCUACCGGGGCGACGAGGUCCCGGCCGCGGACGGCCGCGGCCUGCGGGAGGGGGGCGAGGAGGGAAAGGGCGGGAUCCCCGUUGAGCUGCUUAAGAGGAGGGACCCGAUCCUGUUCGCGGACGAGGUGGUGCUGUACGAGAGCGAGCUGGACGACAACGGCAUCAGCAUCAUGAGCGUCAAGGUACGCGUGAUGGAGCAGCGGAUGCUGCUGUUGUGCCGGCUGUACAUGCGGCUGGACGGGGUUGUGGUACGGAUCCGAGAUACUAGGGUGUAUGUGGACUUUGAGAAGGAGGUGGUCAUUCGGGAGUAUACGGCGCGGGAGGACAAGUUCGAUAACGUCAAACGAAAUCUUUACCUGAGUGGCUUGAUGCCGGAUGCCAUCGCCGUCGCUCUGAGGGACUCGAACCAGGUUGCGAACUUGCUGCCGGUCAUCGAGCGCUCGUUGGACAGUGUUUGCCUGGCGGCCCAGUCAUAGCACUUUUUACCACACUCCAACGAGAAAAGCAAGGGCACGUUAGAAGAGGCAGGCGUUGGGCGUUUUGAAACUUUUAUUAUACCGGUUUAGACAUGAGGCCUGAUGGAUAUGAGCAUGACAAAGUUUCGUCGAAUACGAAUAAAGAGCUCCGGCGUUUGUUUCAGAGCUAAUGAUGAUG